UAAAACCACUCCCCUCUCACCUCACAUUCUCCUCCCUUCAAAAAAACAAUCAGCAAGUUGAUGAGUUUUAAGAAGAAAGAAAAAAAAAAUCAAUAAAAUCAGUGAACAAAAGUUGCAGAGAUUGAAAAUGGCGUCCAUUAGGUUUGCUGGAUUGGUGUUUGGGGUCUUCAUCAUUUCCCUUGCUCUCAAAUACUCCUUUGCCUGUGCCCAAGAAUCUGGAAGUGGAACUACAAGGAAGAAUAGGUGGCUAUCAGGGAUUGAAUCACAAAACCGCGCAUCUUCACAGAAUGUUUUCCUUAAUGAUGAUGUUGCAGCAGCAAACAUUGCCGGAAGAAAAGUGCUGAAAGGAAGAAAAGUGGAAGUGAAUAAUGCAGAAUCUUCUGCCGCGGAAGCGAAUAGUAAUAAGGUUUCAACUAAACCAGUUGAUCAUCAUCAUUUUCAACAAGACAGAAGAAGUACUGCUUCUUCUUCUUCUUCUUCUUCUUCUUCUUCAAAAUCAGCUUCUGAAGCAGCUGCUUAUGAGAUAAUGCGUCAGAAUCACGGUGACUACAGCCGUAAGAAUCCACCUCACAAGAAGCCACCAGUGAACAAUGACAAGCCCAGAAAUUAGUUUAAUGAUUAGUUACUCAAUAGUGAAUUUAGUUAUAGGGAACACAUAUACACAGUAGUAUAUACUGUAGUUUUUUUUUUUUUU